UAUCAUGUUAAUGUACAAUUUACUUUUAUAAUACCAAAUUUAUCUGUAUAUUUGUUUUAUCUAAUAUUCAUUUACAUUGAUAAUUCUCUUUAAAAAAUGCAUAAAUCUGGCUUUUUUUGUUUCUUAGGAUAUCAGCUGUUGUUAUACUUAGAACAAGUUUAUCAAAAUGUGUAAAUCAUUAUUUCAUUGAAAUAGUUGAAUGUUGAUUUUUUUUUUUUUUCAUUGAACUGUUGUUCUACUCAACUAUCUGUUUGCUUACAUUUGAUUGAUGUGUAAUAAUCAUUCAUAAAACAGUAAUUAUUGAACAUUUCGUGUAAACAUUUGCUUUUAAGAAUAGAAAUUUGUCAACAUUAAUGAUACUGUAAUAUUAUGAUAAGCCAAAUUGUAAACAAACUGCUGAAAAUAAUUUGAAUUAUACAGAUUGUUUCAAUAAUUGUUAUACUCCAAUUUUCAUGGUUUUUACAUUACUCUUUUUUCAAUGAGAAAUUCAUUAAAUUUUGAAGCAUAUACUAUUUAGGUUUUAAAGUGUAUUUUCUAUUUUCACUCCAAUUUCAGUGUAUUUAUUGGACUUUGUUGUCAUUUUUUGUGUGUGGUAUUAAGAUAAAACCUCUUGUUUUUUUCAACGUAAUACCCCCCUGCCAGCAAAAAACCGCGAAAACUUUUGAUAUCAUCGGGCUUUUACCUUCUUUAUAUCUUGUAAAAGUAAAGGUAAAAACCCGAUGGUAUGCGGAAGUUCUGGGGGUUUUCAGAGAAACGCUCAUUUACAACUGAAAAUGGCUAAGCGUCCUAAUCCAUCUACAUCUUCAUCAGAGGAAAUUGUUGGUUAUUUGCAUGACAUUUCGCCGAUAAAGACAAGUAAAAAUAACACAAGAUAUUUCAACGCAACCCUGCAGAACAGAGAUGAAUUCCAUAGACUUGUGUGUUUCUCGCCGGACAAGCUGAGUGCUUUCACAAAUGCAGAGAAAAUGAAAUCUCCACUGAAACUUACCAACAUAGCCAUGGUUCCAUCUGUAACUGAAACUGGGAAAAUAGACAUUAAAGUCUCUAGAUUUUCGAACCUGAACAUUGUGGACAAGCUUCCAUUCAAAAGACAAAAAUUAGAUUUCGACGACAAUGUUUCAAAUCUGGAUGAGUUAAAGAUAUCACAUCAAACGGUCUCUGUUUCUGCUAAGGUUACUGGUGUAUUUGCUGAACAAGAAACAGUUGAUGUAUAUGGUACAUCAAAAGAAAAGAAGGAAUUCAUUAUUGCAGAUAGCACUUCAGCAAUGCCAUUGGUGCUAUGGAACGAGCAAAUUGAUUCGGUUCAGAGGAAUGAAUGUUAUAAUUUCAAAAAUGUUUCAACCAGAAUAUUUCAAGAUAAUAUAAAAUUACCAGCCACAACAAGGACAACCAUCACACAUAUUCCACCAAUGGAAAAUAUAACAACAAACCUGCUUCAUAUCAAACUUCCGACGACAGUAAUUUUGAAAAUCCACCAAGUUUCACUCAACAAAACUUACAAGUGUGGAUCAUGCUCAAAAAAUGUAAUGGAAAAUGACAUAGGCAAAGUCACAACUAAAUGUACUUCCUGUUCAAUGAAACAAAGAAAUGAAUCUUUAAAACUUGUUUCAAUUUGCAAAAAAAUGUUGUAGAUGAUUUGGACAGCAGCCUAUCAACAAAACUGACCCUUUUUGAUACAGAGUUGAAAGCAUUUCUUACUACUAUAGAUAAAGACGAGCUCAUAAAUCAAACAGAUGAUUUUGAAGAUUUUAUGCUGACCUUACCAAAACUGAGACUGACACAUGCUUAUAAUAUAGUUGCUAGCAUCUGCAUCCAGGAAGACUAAUUUUACAAUAUGCUGGAGAUAUGAUAUAACUUUGUCCUUUAAAUUUGUUAGUUUGGUUUUUUUGAGGAAAAAAAAUGAUAAUUAUUUUUAUUUAUUGAACAUGAACUUGGGCAAGACGCUAACUUUGGAUUUUAUUGAUUUUUUUUACACUUGUUUAACAGGAAAUAAACGUGCUUGA